UGAGCCACCAUGCGGCUGCCGCUAGCCGGCCUGGUGGCCAUCUGCCUGGCCCUGAGCUCAGCCGGGGGUGCGGAGCUCCGGAGAGAGGGCAGGGCCCGGAACCACGGUCACAGCGUCUGCAGCACUUGGGGCAACUUCCACUACAAGACCUUCGACGGCGACGUCUUCCGCUUCCCGGGCCUGUGUGACUACAACUUGGCGUCUGACUGCAGGGACUCCUACAAGGAGUUUGCGGUGCACCUGAAGCGGGGCCUGGGCCGAGAUGGGGGUCACCCCCAGGUCGAGUACAUCCUGCUGACCAUCAAGGACGACACCAUCUACCUCACCCGCCAGUUGGAGGUGGUGAACGGGGCCAUGGUCAGCACCCCGCACUACAGCCCCGGGCUGCUCAUCGAGAAGAAUGACGUCUACAUCAAGGUCUUCUCCCGCGCAGGCCUCACCCUCAUGUGGAACCGGGAAGACUCCCUCAUGCUGGAGCUGGACAGUAAGUUCCGGAACCACACGUGCGGCCUCUGCGGUGACUACAAUGGCCUGCAGGUCUACUCGGAGUUCCUCUCUGACGGCGUGCCCUUCAGUGCCAUCGAGUUCGGAAACAUGCAGAAGAUCAACAAGCCUGAGGUGGUGUGUGAGGACCCUGAGGAGGCGCCCGAGGGCGAGUCCUGCUCUGAGCACCGCGCCGAGUGUGAGAGGCUGCUGACGGCCCCGGCCUUCAGGGACUGCCUGAGCCUGGUGCCGCUGGAGCUGUACGUGCAGGCGUGCGUGCGGGACCGCUGCCGCUGCCCGCCCGGCGCCUCCUGCGCCUGCAGCACCCUCGCCCAGUUCUCCCGCCAGUGCUCGCACGCCGGCGGCCGGCCCGGCAACUGGAGGACCGCCGUGCUGUGCCCCAAGAGCUGCCCCGGGAACAUGGUUUACCUGGAGAGCAGCUCACCCUGCAUGGACACCUGCUCACACCUGGGGAUCAGCAACCUGUGUGAGGAGCACAAAAUGGACGGCUGUUUCUGCCCUGAAGGCACCGUGUACGAUGACAUCACAGGCGGCGGCUGUAUUCCUGUGAGCCAGUGUCACUGCAGGCUCCAUGGGCACCUGUACUCUCCCAGCCAGCAGGUCACCAAUGACUGCGAGCAGUGCGUCUGCACCGCCGGCCGCUGGGUGUGCAAAGACCUGCCGUGCCCGGGCACCUGCGCCCUGGAGGGCGGCUCCCACAUCGCCACCUUCGACGGGAAGAAGUACACUUUCCACGGGGACUGCUACUACGUGCUGGUCAAGGGCGACCACGACUCCUACGCCCUCCUGGGUGAGCUGACCCCCUGUGGCUCCACGGACAAGCAGACCUGCCUGAAGACGGUGGUGCUGCUGGCCGACAAGAAGAAGAACGUGGUGGCCUUCAAGUCGGAUGGCAGAGUGCUGCUGAAUGAGCUGCAGGUGAACUUGCCCCACGUGACUGCCACCUUCUCCAUCUUCCAACCGUCGUCUCACCACCUCAUGGUGAACACCGCCUUUGGCCUCAGGCUGCAGGUGCAGCUGGUGCCCGUGAUGCAGCUGUUCGUGACGCUGGACCAGGCCGCCCAGGGGCGCGUGCAGGGCCUCUGUGGGAACUUCAACGGCCUGGAAGGGGAUGACUUCAAGACGGCGGGCGGACUGGUGGAGGCCACGGGGGCCGGCUUAGCCAACACGUGGAAGGCCCAGGCGAGUUGCCAUGACAAGCUGGACUGGCUGGAGGACCCCUGCUCCCUCAACAUCGAGAGCGCCAACUAUGCUGAGCACUGGUGCUCCCUGCUGAAGAAAACAGAGACCCCCUUCGCCCGGUGUCACUCAGCCGUGGACCCCUCGGAGUAUUACAAGAGGUGCAAGUAUGACACAUGUAACUGCCAGAACAGCGAGGGCUGCCUGUGCGCCGCCCUGUCCUCCUAUGCCCGCGCCUGCGCCGCCAAGGGCGUCAUGCUGUGGGGCUGGCGGGAGCAAGUGUGCAACAAGGACGUGGGCUCCUGCCCCACCUCACAGAUCUUCCUCUACAACCUGACCACCUGCCAGCCCACCUGCCGCUCGCUGUCCGAGGCCGACUCCCACUGCCUCCAGGGCUUCGCGCCGGUAGAUGGCUGUGGCUGCCCCGACCACACCUUCCUGGACGAGAAGGGCCGCUGUGUGCCCCUGGCCAAGUGCUCUUGCUAUCACCGCGGCCUCUACCUGGAGGCUGGGGAAGUGGUCCUGCGGCAGGGGGAGCGAUGCGUUUGCCGGAACGGCAGGCUUCAGUGCAUUCCGAUCCACCUGAUCGCGCCUGGCUGUCAGGCCCCAAAGAUCCACAUCGAUUGCAACAACCUGACAGCGCUGGCCACCCAGAGCCCUCGACCCACGAGCUGCCAGACACUGGCUGCCGGCCACUACCAGACAGAGUGCAUCAGCGGCUGUGUUUGCCCGGUUGGGCUGCUGGAUGACGGCCGUGGUGGCUGUGUUGUGGAGGAGCAGUGCCCGUGUGUGCACAACAGGGACCUGUACCUGCCCGGGGACAAGAUCAAGGUGGAUUGCAACACCUGCACCUGCCGGCGGGGCCGCUGGGUGUGCACGCAGGCUGUGUGCCACGGCUCCUGCUCCAUCUAUGGGAGUGGCCACUACAUCACCUUCGACGGGAAAUACUACGACUUUGAUGGACACUGCUCCUACGUGGCGGCUCAGGAUUACUGUGGCCAGAACUCCUCACGGGGCUCCUUCAGCAUCAUCACCGAGAACGUUCCCUGUGGCACCACGGGCGUCACCUGCUCCAAGGCCAUCAAGAUCUUCAUGGGGAGGACGGAGCUGAAGCUGGAAGACAAGCAGCGCACGGUGAUCCAGCGGGACGUGGGCCACCACGUGUCCUACACCACGAGGGAGGUGGGCCAGUACCUGGUGGUGGAGGCCAGCAUCGGCAUCAUCGUCAUCUGGGACAAGAAGACCACCCUCUUCAUCAAGCUGGCGCCGUCCUACGAGGGCACGGUGUGCGGGCUGUGCGGGAACUUCGACCACCGCUCCAGCAACGACUUCACCACGAGGGACCACAUGGUGGUGGACGGCGAGCUGGACUUCGGGAACAGCUGGAAGGAGGCCCCCACCUGCCCAGAUGUGCGCGUCACCCCGGAGCCCUGCGCCCUGAGACCGCACCGCCUCUCCUGGGCCGAGAAGCAGUGCAGCAUCAUCAAGAGCCGCGUCUUCGGCGUCUGCCACAGCAAGGUGGACCCCAAGCCCUUCUACGAGGCCUGCGUCCAUGACUCGUGCUCCUGCGACACGGGCGGGGACUGUGAGUGCUUUUGCUCUGCCGUGGCCUCCUACGCUCAGGCGUGCACGAAGGAGGGGGCCUGCGUCUUCUGGAGGACGCCAGACCUGUGCCCCAUAUUCUGUGACUACUACAACCCCCCGGACGAGUGUGAGUGGCACUACGAGCCGUGUGGGAACCGCAGCUUUGAGACCUGCAGGACGGUCAAUGGCUUCCACUCCAACAUCUCCGUGUCCUACCUGGAGGGCUGCUAUCCCCGGUGCCCUAAGGACAGGCCCAUCUAUGACGAGGACCGGAAGAAGUGCGUCACGGCUGACCAGUGUGGCUGCUAUGUCGAAGACACCCAUUACACGCCCGGAGAGUCUGUGCCCUCCAAGGAAGACUGCCAGUCCUGCGUGUGUACCAACUCCUCGAAAGUUGUCUGCCAGCCCGAGGAAGGGAAGAUUCUCAACUAUACCCAGGAAGGCUCUUUCUGCUACUGGGAGAUCUGUGGUCCCAACGGGACGGUGGAGAAACACUUCAACAUCUGCCAGUCUAGCCCGCCGCCCUCCACCACCCCCGUCACCACCCGCACCACCAGCACCACCAAGCUGUGCUGCUUCUGGUCCGACUGGAUCAAUGAGAACUACCCCAGCAUAGACAGCGCCAGUGGAGAUAGGGAGAAGUUCGACAGUGUCUGCGAGGCCCCUGAGGACAUCCAGUGCCGGCUGGCCAAGGAGCCCCACCUCGACUGGGAAGAGGCAGGCCAGAAGCACGGAGACCCCGACUCCAAGCCCCACCUUCACUACCACCACCACCACCACCACCACCAGCACGGAGACACCGACUCCAACUUCCACCACCACCACCACAGCACGGUGCCACCGAUCCCCGUCUCCACCACCACCAGCACAGAGACACCGACUCCAACCACCACCACCACCAGCACGGUGCCACCAAGCCCCAUCACCACCACCACCAGCACGGUGCCACCGAGCCCCGUCUCCACCACCACUAGCACGGAGACACCGACUCCAACUUCCACCACCACCACCAGCACGGUGCCACCGAGCCCCGUCUCCACCACCACCACCAGCACGGUGCCACCGACUCCAACCUCCACCACCACCAGCACGGUGCCACCGAGCCCCGCUUCCACCACCACCACAACUGCAUCAACAACUUCCACAGGAACGCCCACACCACCAGGACGCCCCUCGACCACGCCACACAUACCACAGACCACCAGUGCCACAACCUCAAGUGUGCCCACCUCCACAGUGACCCCAAUCUCUUCCCCCAGCAUCUUUCAAAGUACAAUCUCUGUCACCUCCUCCACCCAGAUAUACUGCUGUGUGUUGAAUGACACAUACUUCGCUCCAGGUGAGAUGGUGUAUAACGGCACGCAUGGGGACACCUGCUAUUACGCAAACUGCUCGCUGACCUGCACCAUUGAGAUCUUCAACUGGUCGUGCCCGUCCACGCCAUCCCCAACGCCCACCCCCUCCACGCCGACGCCGACCUCAACAUCCAAACCACCCACGCCCACAACAUCCAGCACACUGGCCACCAGCAAGCCCCCCGGGUGCCCCAACUUUCAUCCUCCCAGACAGGAGAAUGAGACGUGGUGGCUGUGCAACUGCACCAUGGCCAUCUGCAAGUACGACAACACGGUGGAGCUAGUGGAGAUGAAGUGCGAGCCCCCGCCCAAACCCACCUGCUCCAACGGCCUCCAGCCCGUGCAAGUCCCGGACCCUGAUGGCUGCUGCUGGCACUGGGAGUGUGACUGCUACUGCACAGGCUGGGGGGACCCGCACUACGUCACCUUCGACGGGCUUUACUACAGCUACCAGGGCAACUGCACAUACGUGCUGGUGGAGGAGAUCGUGCCCUCGGGGCACGGCUUCGGGGUCUACAUCGACAACUACCACUGUGACGCCAACGACCGGGUGUCCUGCCCCCGCACACUCAUCGUGCGCUAUGAGGCUCGGGAGGUGCUGAUCAAGAUGAUGCGGAUGCUACCCAUUAAUGUGCAGGUGCAGGUCAACGGGAAGGCCGUGGCGCUGCCCUACGACAAGGAGGGGCUGCGGGUGGCCCCGUCGGGCAUCAACUACGUGGUGGAGCUCCCCAAGCUGGGCGCCGUCGUCUCCUACAACGGCCUCUCCUUCUCCAUCAGGCUGCCGUACCGCCUGUUUGGCAACAACACCAAGGGCCAGUGUGGCACAUGUACCAACACCACCGCCGACGACUGCAUGCUGCCCAGCGGGGAGGUCAUUUCCAACUGCGAGGUCUCAGCCGACCAGUGGUUGGUGAACGACCCCUCCAAGCCGCACUGUCCCCACACCGCCGUCCCCACCAAGGCCCCGGCCAGCACACCGUCAGUGGGCCGCCCCACACACAAGGACUGUGCUUCUCCUCUCUGCGAGCUCAUCAAAGACAGCCUGUUUGCCCCGUGCCACAAGGUGGUACCCCCCCAGCACUACUACGACGCCUGCAUGUUCGACAGCUGCUUCGUACCCGGCUCGGGGCUGGAGUGUGCCAGCCUGCAGAUCUAUGCAACCAUCUGUGCCCAGGAGGGGUUCUGUAUCGACUGGCGGAACCGCACCAAUGGGGUCUGCUCGGUGACGUGCCCGCCUCACAGGGAGUAUCGGGCCUGUGGCCCUUCAGAGGAGCCCACCUGCAAGUCUAGACCCCCAGAGAAGAACAUCACCCUGGUGGAAGGCUGCUUCUGUCCUGAGGGCACCAUGAACUACGCCCCAGGAUUCGAUGUCUGCAUGGACUUUUGUGGCUGUGUGGGACCUGACAACGUGCCGAGAAAGUUUGGGGAGCACUUUGAGUUCGACUGCAAGAACUGUGUCUGCCUGGAGGGCGGGAGCAGCAUUGUCUGCAAGCCCAAGAUUUGCAGCCAGGAGCCGCUCUCGUGCACGGAGGAUGGCACCUAUCCCGUCACGGAGGUCAACCCCACAGACACCUGCUGCAACAUCACAUCCUGCAAGUGCAAUACCAGCCUGUGCCAGGUGAAGCCGCCCAAGUGCUCACUGGGAUUUGAAGUGAAGAGCGAGAUCAGACCCGGGAAGUGCUGUCCCACCUACACCUGCGUGCCCAAGGGCGUGUGCGUUCACAAGAAUGCCGAGUACCAGCCGGGGUCGCCAGUUUACUCCUCCAAGUGCCAAGACUGUGUGUGCACCGAGAACAUGAACAACAGCACGCAGCUCAACGUCAUCUCCUGCAGCCACGUGCUCUGUAACAACUCCUGCAGCCCUGGCUUUGAGCUGGCCGAGGCCCCGGGCGAGUGCUGUAAGAAGUGCGAGCAGACCCACUGCAUCAUCAACAGGCCCCACAGGGAACCCAUCAUCCUAAAGCCCGGGGACAUAAAGCAUGACCCCAAGAAUAACUGCACCUUCUUCAGCUGCAUGAAACUUCAAAACCAGCUCAUUUCUUCUGUCUCCAACAUCACCUGCCCCGACUUUGACCCCAGCAUCUGCAUCCCGGGCACCAUCACUGUCAUGCCCAAUGGCUGCUGCAAGAAAUGCACCCCUCGCAACGACACCACGACCUUCUGCGCCACCAUCCCUGUCACCCGGGAGAUUUCCUUCGACGGCUGCACCAACAGAGUCACAAUGAACUACUGCUCUGGGUCCUGUGGGACCUUUGCCCUGUACUCAGCGGAGGCCCAGGCCCUGGACCACAAGUGCUCCUGCUGUAAGGAGGAUCGCACCAGCCAGCGGGAGGUGGUGCUGCACUGUCCCCACGGCGGCUCGCGGAGGCACACCUACACCCACAUCGAGAGCUGCUUGUGCCAGGACACGGCCUGCGAGCUCCCACUUUCGCGCCGCCCCGGCCGCGCCCGGCGCUCCAGCCCCAGGGGCCUGCGUCCAGGGGGGGCCUGAGGGGGGGGCGCGCCCCGGCUCGCCCCCACCGUCCUCCACCCACCCCCCUCGCCCCCUGCUGACCCCCUGGGCUUCCUCACCUUCUAAGCUGGCUUCCUCUCUGCAGAUAUUUAUUUUCUGAGUCUUUGUUUAGUUCUUUGCUUUUUCCACAAUAAAC